AUGGCGGAGGGCGGGCAGGGCGGCGGCACCUUGCUCUGCCCCGCCGCCCCUCCGGGCCUCGGCUUUGCCCGCCGCUCCGCCGCGCUCCCUCCUGCCGGUGGCGGGGCCGAGCCGGACCGCCUCCGCCCGCCCCCGCUCCUGUGGCAACCGGACCUCCCGCCUUCUACCUGCCCGGGCGCGGCGGCGGCCAUGAGGGCGGCGAGCGGGGAGCAGCCGGCGGUGGCGGCCGAGGAGGCGGGCAGCGAUGUCCGCGGCCAGGCGGCGGCAGGCGGGCAGCCCUGGAAGAAAGUAUAUGUUGAGCCAUCUAGGAGAGUUAAAGAAAUACUUGAAGAAGAGCUUUCUUUUCGGAAAGAAGCAUGCCAUGUUAAACACCCAGCUGCAGUGGCUCUGGAAGGAAUUUGGAGUGUGAAAAAGGAUUUCUCCAUUGGAAGCCUGAAACCAGUGUCGCAGAACAGGAACGGUUUACUUUUACAGCCUCAAUUCUACUCAAGGCAUGCAGGAAUGAAAAAUUGAUGAACUUUAGCACUGUGGAGACCUGACGCUGUUUUGAUGUGUCAAAUCAAACAUCAAAAUGGCUAGCUGCCUUUGGAAACGUAGAUUGGUAUUUCUAAGAUUUUGAAGAAAGUUCUGCUUGGAUAGGGAGCUGUUUCCUCUUUGCUUGUUGUUUUUUAUUCAUAUCUUCAUGCUGCUUUUGAAUCUGGUGCUGUAGUAGCCAAAUCUGAUCCAUAUUUCAGCCAGUGAUGAAGAUGUCACAAUCCAAAGAUUACAAAAUGCUUUUGCUGACAAGAACAUGCUACUGUGAAACUUGAUGUUUUCAUAGGCUUCUCUGUUGCAAAAUGAUUCUAAGUUCCAGCAGAAGAUUGUAAUGUAAUUUCAGAGAUGCCUUAAAAUGCCUUAGGCUCAGUCCGUUCAUUAAACUGAGCAGUUCAUAAGCCAAGAGUUUGUGAUUCAG